AUGAAGGCAUCCAUUGUCUUGUCGGCGCUUUUCCUCGGCCAAUUGGCCCUGGCACUUCCUGCGCCCAACUUGAAUGUUGAUAUUGCCGAAAAACGCGGCGAGGAAGUGGAGGAUUGGAUCUAUCCUGACCGCAAGGCCAAACGUGGUGAAGAAGUCGAAGACUGGAUCUAUCCUGAUCGCAAGACUAAGCGUGGCGAAGAAGUCGAGGACUGGAUCUAUCCUGACCGCAAGUGA